AUGGCCUUCGAGAAUGAGCAUGGCAACCACACGAUAGAAGAGAUGAAGGCGAGGCUUGGGCGCUUCAAGCCACACGUCAUGGAGGCCCCUCGCGGCCCCUUCGCGGCCCCGUCGCCGCCCUUCCGCGGCCCCGUCGCCGCCCUUUCAGCGGCCCCGUCGCCAACCUGCGGCCCUACGGCCCCGUCCCCUACCUGCGGCCCUACGGCCCCGUCGCCUACCUGCGGCCCCGGCCCCGUCGCCUACCUGCGGCCCCGGCCCCGUCACCUACCUGCGGCCCUACGGCCCCGUCGCCUACCUGCGGCCCUACGGCCCCGUCGCCUACCUGCGGCCCUACGGCCCCGUCGCCUACCUGCGGCCCCGGCCCCGUCGCCUUCUUGCGGCCCCGGCCCCGUCGCCUACCUGCGGCCCUACGGCCCCGUCGUCUACCUGCGGCCCUACGGCCCCAUCGCCUACCUGCGGCCCCGGCCCCGUCGCCUUCCUGCGGCCCCGGCCCCGUCGCCUACAUGCGGCCCCGGCCCUGUUGCCUACCUGCGGCCCCGUCCCCUACCUGCGGCCCCGUCGCCUCACUACGGCCCCGGCCCAGUCGCUCACCUGCGGCCCCGGCCUCGUCACCUAACUGCGGCCCCGGCCCCGUCGCCUCCUUGCGGCCCCAGCCCCGUCGUCACCUGCGCCCCCGCCACCUGCGGCCCCGUCGCCACCUACGGCCCCGUCGCCCACUUCGGCCCCGAUGCCACCUGCGGCCCCGCCCACUCGCGGCCCUGA